CAUCCAUUUUAUUUCCCAACGUAAGCAAGAAGUCAUAGAAAAAAACAGGAGAUGAAGGGGAGGUUAGAAGGGACCUUUAAUUUAUGAUGGUCAGUUCCUUUAAUGGUAACUGAUUCAUAUUUGACAACUCCGUCUCUGCAUGAAGCUAUGUGGUUUUAUGUCAUUACUUCAUUUAUAGUUCUGUGGUUUACAUGGAGAUGGCUUCGUAAUCGUCAAAAAGUAGGAAACUAUAGAAGUCGAUAUGUUGUGAUAACGGGUUGUGAUUCUGGAUUUGGUAAUUUAUUAGCGAAAAGAUUAGAUGUUCUUGGCUUCCAUGUAUUCGCUGGUUGUUUUUCUCAACAAGGAAUAGACAUGCUUAAUGAGGAAACUUCCGAUACCGUCAAAGCAAUCCAACUAGACGUCUCCAAAACUGAAAGCAUAAACAAGGCACUAGUAAAUGUUAAAGCAUCGCUACCAGAAAAUACAGGAAUAUGGGGAUUGGUGAAUAAUGCUGGGAUUGUCGGGUCACCAGUACCAGUAGAAUGGUUGUCAAGGGAGGACUAUCAGGAAACGUUAGCAGUAAAUACGUUCGGAAUGAUAGAGAUGUGUCGAGUGUUUCUUCCAUUACUUCUGAAAGCUAACGGCCGUAUUAUCAACAUGUCAAGCAUUGCGGGGAGAAUAGCUAUUGCCACAGGACCUUAUACAAUAUCAAAAUAUGCUGUAGAAGGAUAUUCAGAUGUUUUAAGACGUGAGCUUUAUCGCAGAGGAGUAACAGUGCAUAUAAUAGAACCUGGACAUUUUAGAACAAGUAUGUCAGAUCCUGAUACAAUUUGUAAUGCAGUCAAAAACAAGUUUAACAGUUUAUCAACACACAUGCAGAUAUAUUAUGGAAAGGAGUAUGUUGAAAAGGUACAGAAAGUUAUUCGGACAGGAAUUGAUUACAUAGGUUCACCAAGAGUGAACCUAGUCUACGAAGCUUAUAUUCAUGCGCUUACAGCAAAACAGCCACAUCAUCGCUAUCUAGUUGGAUAUGAUGCUAAACUUUUGUUUCGGAUUCUUUGGAAUUUACCAGAGUGGAUGAGUGAUUAUGUACUAAGUCAAGGUAGACCAAUACCUGCAGCUGAAAAAACUUAAUUUAUAUUAUUAGUUGGCGUUAAAUAAUUGUGUGAAUCUUGCUUAAUGCAUAGAAAAUGUUAAAUAUAGUACUUGUUUGAAUUGUACAGGUUGUAAUUUCUUUUCGUUUUAUUUCAAAUAAAACAGAACUAUGUU